AUGGCGGCUCAUAUUGUCAUGGCGCAAGAAUUGGUUCGAGAUAUCAAUAGGAAAAGUAAAGGGGGUAACAUGGUUUUCAAGCUCGACAUGGCGAAAACAUACGAUCGGUUAGAAUGGCGUUUCCUUCUUCGCGCAAUGCGAGCGUUCGGCUUCUCUCAUGCUGCAUGCGAUCUCAUCUAUCGCAAUAUUUCGAAUAUAUGGUACUUGUUCAGUAUAAAUGGCAAAAUCGUGGGGAAUUUUGAAUCCUCUCGUGGGGUUCGACAAGGUGAUCUGCUAUCCCCGCUCCUCUGCAUUUUGGCUCAACAAAUAUUGACACAAAAUAUUACAAAAAAUAUUGCAGCAAAGCACAUUCGACCCUACAAAGUGGGGAGGGACGAGAUUUCUAUAUCUCACCUGCUAUCUUCCGGGAAACGAGUCAAUGCGGGUAAGAGUCAUUACUAUGUGGGUAAAUGGGGCGAGGGUGUUGCUCAUUCCAUUGAGCGAAUUACGGGUUUUCGGCGGAAAGAGUUCCCAUUUAGAUAUCUUGGAGUUCCUAUCUUUUUUGGCAGAUCGAAAGCUGAAUAUUAUGAAAUGGUGCAGCAGGUUCGGGGAAAGCUUACGGGGUGGAAGGAGAAUUUUUUGUCUUUUGCCGGAAAAAUCACGUUAAUAAAAUCGGUGUUUGCAAGCAUUCCGGUUUAUACGAUGGCAUGCACAAAAGUCCCUGUUUCGGUUUUAAAGAAUAUAGAACAAAUCAUGACUAUGUUUCUCUGGAGGUCGGGUAAUGACGCGCGAACACACUGUGUUCGAUGGGAGACCGUUUGUACCCCGAUUGAGGAAGGAGGAAUGGGCAUUCGGCUAUUAAAAGAUGUAAUGGACUGCAUGCAUGGGAAACUAUGGUCGUUGGUCAACCAAGGGCAGACUCUAUGGGCCCGACUAGCGAAAGCCAAAUAUUGCGAUAAACGGAAUAAUAUUAAUCGGCAAACGGCAUCCCCUCUUUGGAUUGCAAUACACAAGCAUGUAGAUAGUAUGAAGGAGUGCACUAGAUGGCUCAUAGGGCGAGGAGGUAUAAGUUUUUUGAUGGAAAACUGGAUUGGCGAGGCGCUAAUCGGGCCUCUCCCGUGCGACCGUCAGCUUACAGUGGCCGAAGCACUCUCUCAAAUAGCGAAUUAUUUACCGCUCAUUCACACAGAUUGGCAUGAGAAAAUUGUCCGUGUUAAAAAUGACAAAGAAAAAGCCGUGCGAUGCACCAAGUGCAAGCAUAGGGGUUAUUGUAUUCUCUGUAUCAAUAAAUGGUACAGAGGGCUGCAAGAGGCAGACUUUGCUCAAGCAUGCGCAGGCUGCCGCAAAAUUUGCAACUGUACAGCUUGCAUACAUUCUGAUCUGGAGAAUAAAGACUUGUUCAUACCAGACUUACAGCUUGACAUCAACAAAAAGGUCCAGUACUCUAAAUAUAUGAUUAGAGUACUUCUUCCUUCUUUUAGGAAGUUUGUUGUUGAGCAGAAUAUAGAAAAAGAUCAAGAAGCAAGACUUCAAGGUGUUUCAGUUGCGGGACUACAGCUUCCGAAAGCCAACUUUAUCCACGACGAUAAAGUCAAAUGCGACAACUGUAAGACUGCAAUAUUCGAUAUCCACAGAAGUUGUCUAAACUGUGCGUACAAGCUAUGCGUAACAUGCUGCCGAGAGAUAAGGAAUGGCUUCCAAUGGGGAAAUGAUAAAUAUCACGUUCAUCAUGGGGGUCGUACUUUUACAAGCAAUGAUAGAUUUUCUGCAGCAGCCUGUUGUUCUAUGGACCACACAAGUUUUACUUCUGAAUGGAAGCUGAUAGACAGAGGUACCAUAGUUUGUCCACCUAAAGUUAUGGGAGGAUGUGCUCAUGGGAAUCUGGUGUUAAAGUCCACAUAUCCAGAUAACUGGGUAUCGGAACUGCUAAUUAAAGCAGAGUCCAUAGAUCUCGAGGUGGGUGACGUUUCUGAAGAAGCGUGCUCAUGUUCAUGGAGUGCAGUCCGUAAUUUCCGUUGUCCCACAGUUGUGGGCGUUGACCAAAAGCACUUCCAACGGCACCUAUAUAAAGGUGAGCCUGUGAUAGUCCCUGACGUGCUCAGCAGGACGACUAGGUUGAGUUGGGAGCCAUUAGUCAUGUGGCGUGGUUGCCGCAAAUCUAGAAGGACUAAUGACGCUCGCAUUCUGGAAUUCACCGUAACGAAUUGCGUAAAUUGGUGCAAGGAAACUAUAAACAUGCACCAAUUUUUCAAUGGGUACUUUGAAGGCCUCUUGGAUAGUGAAGGCCUCUUGGAUAGUGAAGGCCGGCCCAAAAUUUUGAAGUUGGAGGAUUGGCCUCCAACUGAAUCCUUUCAAGAACGGCUGCCUCGGCAUUUUGUAGAUUUCAUUAGAUGCUUGCCUUUCAAGCUAUACACACAUCAAGCUGGCUACCUCAACAUGCCAGCGAAAACAUCGAAGAAGUCGUUGAAGCUGGAUUUGGGUCCAAAAAUAUGCUUUGCUUAUGGAGUCAACGAGGACCUUGGCUUCUGUUCUGCAACCAAGCUUCAGUAUGCUCUUUCAGAUAUGGUCAAUGUCUUGAUGCAUACAGUUGAAACGUCCCUUAAUCCGGAAGAUCUUUCAACAGUAGUAGAGUUGGGAAUGAAGCACAUUGCCCAAGAUCCAGUGGUAUUUUCUGUAAGCAAUGGGAAAGCAAAUCAAGAUGCCACGAGAAAUCAACAAUUUGAAAGGGAAAAUAAAAAUAAAGGAAAGCAAAAAUUUGAUCCUUCAACCUAG